GCCUGACUUCACUCGGCUUCCACCAGCAGACUAGCCCGGCCCUUCAGGUCCCGGAACAGGUUGCACCGCACACACACACACGGGUGGGGCUUCGUCAAUCCAGCGCCCACUAACUCCACCCGCCGAGUGCUUCCGCAAAGACGCACAGGACGCGCAACAAGUCGGACCGUGUCUCUCACUCGACGGUGAUCCCUUCCGCCUCUGUCCGCUCCACACGCCGCCAAUCGCCGCUCACAAUGUUCCGCUGCGGGAUCGCCUACCCCCGGUGCAGGUGGAUCGUCCCCCUGCUGCUGCUCUUCGCCAUUAUUUUCGACAUAAUCGCCAUCGCCGCCAGCUCCGGGUGGGUGGAGGACGAGGACGCCAAGUCGCACUACGCCAGCAUGUGGGAGCAGUGCCGGGGCAGGAACGAGCACUGGCAGUGCAAGUCGCUCAUGGAGUUCCCUUGGGCCCAGGCUGUGGCUGCUCUGAUGAUCAUCGGCCUCAUCAUCCUCAUCAUCGCCUUCAUCAUCUCCUGCGUGGCUCUGUGCUGCUCACUCAACUUGAGCCUUAUGCCCCUCAUAGCAAUAAUGUUGAUUGUUGUCGUGGUCCUCCAGGUCAUCGCUCUCAUCAUCUACCCCGUCAAAUUCAACGAGCAGAUCUUUGAGGGCCACUACUACUACACCUGGGCCUACGGCUUCGGCUGGGGCGCCACCAUCCUCUGCAUCGGAUGCAGCAUCCUCUUCUGCUGCCUGCCGCGCUAUGAGGACGAGCUGUCCGGCCUGGCUAAGGCCAAAUACAUCUACCAGUCCACUUAGAGACUAAUCCUGCACACCCACCCAGUCGCAGCCACGUCCGCUUAACACUCUGAGCUGGAUGUCCCGGCCUUCAAACAUUUUUUACUCUGUUCAAUUUCAUUGAAUAUUCACGAUGCUACAAACCUCGUCUACCAUCCGAGAGCGAAGUCCGAAGUCAGGCGUGAUUUUUAGCGGAAGUGGGCUGUGAUUGGAUGUUGCGACCGCUUUAAUUUACUGACUUCUAGUUUUUAGUCAGCGUCAUUAAUGUUUUUUUAACCAUAGUAUUUUUUCACAUUCUGCGUUUGAAAACCUUUCCCUCACUUUUUACCUGUAGUUGUCAAUGCAAGAUCACCCAAGUGCACUUAACCUGAGGGACAUCUUCAAGUGAAGAGCUUAGUUUCAUCCUGAUUUAUCUUAGUGCUCAUAAAACUUUGGUAAAACAAUAAUCAGAGCUAAACUUUUUACACUACAAUACUAAAGAAAUCAUUAAUCCUAAUUUGGAAGCUGAAUGUUAUCUAUACAUAUGGUCAUAUAUGUAGAUUUAGCUCAUUUGCACCUUUUUAUGCAUCUUUCUAUAAUUCUCAUUUGCUUUCUCCAAAUCUUUGAAUUCUUACUGACUUAAUACCAAAGGGGUAUCACUGUGGAGUUAGCUGUGCUGUCUUUGUCCCUGUUUCUAACACUACUAUUAUUAUUCUUCAUGUGUCUGCGCGGAGGUGUGAUGGUUGAUAUGAUAGCGAGGAGGAGGCGUGUGAAUUUUCUGACUUGGCUGCAGUUGUUGUUUCUAAUUUUUUUGCUGGAAAAGAAUUUUGAUGAGUUUCAAUUUAACUUGAGAAUUAAUCUGUUUUCCUGAGAACGAAUAUUUCCUUCAAGGGAUCAGUUCAUGUAGAAUGUGUACCAUGAGUACAAUAUUGCCACAACGGUCCAAAUGUAUGUCCUUGUCAAAAAUGUGGGUUUAAAGGGAACAAUACAAACUCAGACUCUCAUCCUGUGUUUUCCAUGUCUUUGCUUCGAAGUGGGUGCAUAUUGGAGAAAAGACCAAAAAUAUUUGAAUCACUAAAAGCAUUCAUGUUUUGAUAACAAGACUAAAGCCAUUGUCUGGUUUGAUGAGACUAUGAGACAGAGGUAUUAAAUCUUCAGACGAACUUGUUCCAACUUCUUCUUCUGCAGCUGUGUUGAAGGUUUUAUCAAAGUGCUCAGUCUGGUUCUCUGGACUCUGACUUGUUCACAGUUACAUUUGUGUUCAGACCAGGUUUGUGCCUGAAUAUAAUGAUAAUUGUUUUAUUACAGUAGCGUUCAAAGGGAAGAUCUGUGACUGAUCUUAGAUUAGUGGCAAGUUGACGUAGAUUCAACAGAGGCAGGACGGAUUCAGGCAGGUCUACACUUGAAGGAACUCUCUCUCUGUGUGUGUGUGUGUGUGUGUGUGUGUGUGNGUGUGUGUGUGUGUGUGUGUGUGUGUGUGUGUCUCAAAGGUGAAAACGUACUUUUAUCUACAGAGUGAAUCUGUUUCCAGCUCCAACUUCAUUAGUGCGUGUUUCGGUAAAUACUGUCGCCUUUCAUCCUCUUCCAGGAAUCAACCAGUUCUUUUCUGCUGUAGUGUGAACUGAUAAUUUUUUUGUAGUCUGUAUAUUUUUAUUCAAUAAAAAAUUACAGUAUUU